AUGAAGAAAAAGAUUCCUGACUUUGAGGAGGCUAUUAGGGUGAUCAAGAUAGACGAGGAAAAUUACAUGGGGGCAUACCCCCUCAGACUUCCUAUGAUAGGAGCGAGAGGUGUAUAUGGAGGGCAUACGGUUGCUCAAACGCUCCUAGUUGCAAUUGAAUCGGCUCCAGAAGACUUUGUUCCUCAUUCAUUUCACGCUUAUUUCGUUAAGGCUGGCUCUGGCAAGACACCUAUGCACUACAAAGUUUUGAAGUUGCAUGACGAUGAAAGAUUCGCUAAAAGAUCGAUUCAAGUUAUACAAGAGGGCAAGGUAAGAUUCAACUGUAUAGCGUCUCUCGUCAAGAGUAACAAUUCAAGUUCAUUCGAAAUACAACCUCCAAUACCCAAGGCACAAAUAAAAUAUCCUGACAUGGACAAACUAACUGUAGUUCAUCAUACUGACUACAUUAGGAACGCAUACUCACCCGAAUUUGAGGAUUUUCGCUUGGUUCCUGAAGAAAAUAGCCAAGAGCCAGCGGACAGAUGGAUAGUGGUCUUCAGUGGUCUUGAUCAGCCGUCGCCUUUCAAGAAUCCAAGUUCUCACUAUGUCGGAAUGGCUGAUUUAACAGAUUCUGCUUUUUUGACUACGAUGGCUAGGGUGUUGCACCUUCCCUGGAACCCUACAGAAAAUGGUCCAGUAGAAUCAUUUGAUGAGGAGAAAGAUGCUAGAAAGCUAAUGGAAAGAUCUCUUAAUAUUUUGCAUCUCUUUCACUACAAUGCCAUGUCUUUAGAUCAUCACAUCUACUUCCACGAUAAUGAUCAUGCCAAUUUCGAUAUGACAAAGGAUUGGCUUUGCUUUGCUUAUCAGAUGAGGAGACUCUCCAAUAGUCGAACCCUAGUAAGGGGACAUUUGUUCAAUAAAGAAGGUAAAUGUGUAGCCACGGUGGUUCAAGAAGGUCUCACGUAUUUGUUUGAAGGUAUUACUGAUGCAAGACUUUAG